UUAUUUUAUCGUAUGACCAUCAUUUUUGAAUAGAGGGCGCUGAAAUUUACGUCGAACUUUUAUAUGGGUGACAGUCAAGUUUGGAUAUAUAAGAUGAUUGAUCUAUUUUUAUAUUUAGUUUGUGAUUAUAUAUAAACAAUAUAAUUGAUAUAAAUAACUUAUAUUUUAAUAUAAAGUCAAAAUAUAAAGAAUUUACUUUGUAAAUUGAUUAUAUAAUUUUAAGUGAAAAUGCCGAAAGUAGUUUCAAGAAGUAUAAUAUGUUCCGAUACAAAAGAUCAAGAAGAAUAUAGUGAAGAAAAACCAUUACAUAUUUAUUAUUGUUUAUGUGGACAGAUGACAUUGAUUUUAGAUUGUGCUAUAGAAAAAUUACCUUUAAGAAAAAGAGAUGGUGCACGAGUUAUUGAUGGUAGUAAACAUGCUCAUAAAAUGACUUGUGAGCAAGAUGAAGUCGUGUAUUUGAAACGUCUUGAAGGAAUAGAAAAACAAUGUCGUCAAAAAUGUAAAAAAUGUGGUCUUUUUCUUUAUUACAAACAUGAUCAAGCCACAAAUAUUGUAUUUAUUGUAAAAGGUGCAGUAAUUAAAAGUUCUGGUGAAGGUCCAAUGACAGAUAUAUACAAUCAGGUUGCUAUUGAAAAGCCAAAAAAAAUAAUUGUAACAAAACAUACAAAAAAUAUGGGAAAAUUCAGUUCUGUUACUGUAUCUACAAUUGAUGAAGAAGAAGAUGAAAUCGAAGCGAGAGAAGUUGCUGAUUCAUAUGCUAAUAAUGCACGAAUAAUAGAAAAACAAUUAGAGAGGAAAGGAAUGAAUAAACGAAAGACUAUGCCUCCUCCUGAAGCAGAUCCAAAAAGAGCAAGACCUCGUGGAACAUUAUUAGAUGUAUAAAAUUAAUUAAUAUUAAUAUCACAUAUUUUAAAAUAUUUAUAUCGUUUUUGUUAUUUUAUCAAAAUUUAAAAAAAAUGAUGUCUUAAAAAAUUAAACCAUUCUUUAAUGUUAUAUUGAGUUAUUUAUUAACAUUACAUAAAAGUAAAUAUUUAAAAUAUAUAAAUGACUAGAUAUAAAUAUUGUAUAGAAAUGUACAAUGCAAAAAAUAGAGAUAUAAAUUUAAUAAAUAAAUACAAUAACUAUAUAA